AUGCGUCUCCUCCAUAUCCGCCUGCCCUACCGGGCCCCCUCCCUCUACCCUCCUUACGCCUUAGCCUCGCGCCUGCAGGACCACCUCCGCCGCUCCCUCCUGGACCUCAAGGACAACCGCCCCGGCUCAAAACCCUACACGCCGACGCUAAUCUCAUUCACGCCCUUACCCACCUACACUUUGGGUCGGCGACAAACCAGUCCACUAAGCGAUGCCGAAGCAGCUCGGUUAUCAUUUCCCGUACAAUUUCCCCAUGGAUCAUUAUCAUCAUCAUCCUCAUCAUCAUCAUCACAAGUGGGACAAACACAUGAAAAUGAUGGCUCGGAAACAGCCAUCAAACUCCCAGUCUCAAUCCUCCACUCCCCCCGCGGCGGCCUAACUACCUACCACGGCCCCGGCCAAGUUGUUCUCUGGCCGAUUUUGGAUUUGGUCUCGUCGCAGCAUAACAAGUACACGGUGCGGUGUUACACCCGUUUACUAGAAAAGACAACCAUUGCCACCGUUUUGAAAACGUUUGGUCUAAAGGCUUUCACGACGGAGGAUCCGGGGGUUUGGGUCCGAAGUGGUGCGUCUUGGUCUCCUGGUAGUUCAGCAGCAGCGGAGGAAGAGGGAUGUGCUUUGAGCGGGACUGAGCAGCAAGAAGGGACAAGUGAAACAGGACCGCUGGCGAAGAUUGCGGCUUUGGGCGUCCACCUCCGCCGCCACGUCUCCGGCCUCGGCACGGCCAUCAAUGUGGACAUGCCCGGCCCGGAAGUCACUUCCGAAGCGGUAAACCCGUGGGCGAGGUUUGUGGCGUGCGGGUUGGAAGGGAAGACGGUUACGAGUAUUAGGGGGGAGCUGGACAAGUCCAGCCAGGCUCAGGCUGAGGACUACGAGGGAAAGUUGACCCCGCCUGCAGUGGCUGAUCAAUGGGCGGCAACACUGGCGAGGAAUAUUGGUGUUGAGGAGGUGCAGACAGUGGGAGAGGAGGAGGUGGUAAGGUUGUUGGAGGAGUUGGUUAGUGGGAAGGUUACUACGGGAAAUAAUGAGCAGGAGAAGGUGACAGAGGAGGAAAGAAAGUUUGUAAAGCUGGUGAGGGAGAUGUUGCAGAAGGAUAGGUAG